UCGGUCAAGUGACGCUGUGUGCAGUCUCGCCCUUAUACACGCGUCCACUAAAAGCACGGAUAAACCGCUGGCGCUCUGCAACUGAGAGUUAGAGAUAAAAAAUAAUAAUAAUAAUUAAAAAAAAACGGUCACUGAAUAUCAGAAACCUCGGGAAGCUCUUUAGGAGAAUGUGGGAUCGUCGGCUUUUCCUGUUAUUGAUGGUCGCGAGCUCGGCUCUUGCGGUGGAGAUGCCAUCAGAAGAAGGACCAGGCUUACUGGCCGAGCCACAAGUAGCCAUGUUUUGCGAGAAGCUCAAUAUGCACAUGAACAUCCAGAGUGGCAAGUGGGAGCCGGAUCCUUCAGGCACCAAGAGCUGCGUGAACACCAAAGAAGGCAUCCUUCAAUAUUGCCAAGAGGUCUACCCAGAUCUGCAGAUCACGAACGUGGUGGAAGCCAAUCAGCCGGUCAGCAUCCAGAACUGGUGCAAGAAGGGUCGGAAGCAGUGUCGCAGUCAUGUGCACGUCGUAGUGCCUUAUCGCUGCCUCGUGGGUGAAUUUGUGAGUGACGCUUUGUUGGUUCCUGAUAAGUGCAAGUUCCUGCACCAGGAGCGGAUGGACAUGUGUGAGAGUCACCUGCACUGGCACACUGUGGCCAAAGAGUCCUGCAGCGAUCAUACCAUGAACCUGCACGAUUAUGGGAUGUUGUUGCCAUGUGCCAUCGACCGUUUCCGUGGCGUGGAGUUUGUGUGCUGCCCAGUGGAGACUGAGCAGGAGAAGGAUGACGCAGAGGCAGAGGAGGACGAUUCAGAUGUCUGGUGGGGAGGAGCCGAGACAGACUAUUCUGAUAACAGCAUGACUCGGGAGGCGGAGCCAGCAGAGCAGGUCGAGGCGGAGCCUGCAGAGGGUGAGGAUGAUGACCUCAUUGAAGACGAAGAGGAGGCUCUAGAUAAUGACCAGGAUGGUGAUGGAGAAGAGGAAGAGGAGGAGGACGACGACGAUGACGAGAUGAUUGACGAACGCAAUGACAACGAGCAGACCACUAAUGUCGCCAUGACUACCACUACAACCACCACGACCGAGUCCGUCGAAGAAGUGGUCCGAGGUAAGAAACGCAAAGUGUGUUGGGCGAACGCAGAGACUGGUCCGUGCAGGGCCAUGUUGCCCCGCUGGUAUUUUGUGAAGGAAGAAGGUCGAUGCGCUCCCUUCAUCUAUGGGGGCUGCGGAGGCAACCGUAAUAACUUUGAGUCGGAGGAAUACUGCCUAUCUGUCUGCGGUGGUGUGUUGCCCACCACGUCUCCAAGCUCGCCAGACGCAGUGGACCGCUACCUGGAGACGCCAGCCGACGAGAAUGAGCACGCACACUUUCAGAAGGCCAAGGAGAGCCUGGAAGCCAAACAUCGUGAGAGAAUGUCUCAGGUGAUGAGAGAGUGGGAGGAGGCUGAGCGUCAGUCUAAGAGUCUGCCACGUGCUGAUAAGAAGGCAGUCGUCCAGCACUUCCAGGAGAAGGUGGAGGCUUUGGAGAUGGAAGCAGCUAGUGAGAGGCAACAGCUAGUGGAAACUCAUAUGGCUCGUGUGGAGGCCCUUCUCAAUGACCGUCGACGCCUUGCACUUGAGAGUUUUCUGAGUGCCCUGCAGGCAGACCAGCCACGGCCACGUCAUGUGUUCAGUCUAUUGAAGAAGUAUGUGCGUGCCGAGCAGAAGGACAGGCAGCACACCCUGAAACACUUUGAGCAUGUGCGCGUUGUGGACCCCAAGAAGGCCGCUCAGAUUCGCCCUCAGGUGUUGACCCACUUGCGUGUGAUUGAGGAGAGGAUGAACCAGUCUCUGGCACUUCUGUACAAAGUUCCAGGCGUGUUGGAGGACAUCCAGGACCAAGUUGAACUUUUACAGCAUGAGCAGCAGGAGAUGUCAGCACAGUUAGCAUCGCUGCAGAGCGACGUGAGAGUGAGCUAUGGCAAUGAUGCACUGAUGCCCGACAGCACCGCCCCGCUCGACCUACUGCCGUCUGAAGACUCGGAGCACCUGGGCUUCAUUCACCCUGAACGCUUUAACCAGCCCAACACUCAAAACCAUGUGGAGCCUGUAGAUGUUCGUCCCUUCCCUGACAGGGGGCUUCCCACUUACCCAGUAUCUGGUCUGAAGCCUGAGGAUGUUCCUGAGCUGAGGAUGGAGGCAGAGGAGAGGCACAAUGCUGCUUAUGAAGUGCACCACCAGAAACUGGUUUUCUUCGCCGAGGACGUCAGCUCUAACAAGGGUGCUAUUAUUGGCCUGAUGGUAGGAGGUGUUGUCAUAGCAACCGUCAUUGUCAUCACCCUGGUAAUGCUGCGAAAGAAGCAAUACACUUCCAUCCACCACGGUGUGAUCGAGGUGGAUGCCGCCAUCACUCCAGAAGAGCGCCAUCUUUCUAAGAUGCAGCAGAACGGCUAUGAGAAUCCAACCUAUAAGUUCUUUGAGCAGAUAAACUAAUGAUCCAUGUGCUAGGCUGUAGUCCCCUAACCCCUUCCUCUUUACCCCACUCUGGACAGUGUAGGGAAGGACUCACUCCCUGUAGUACAUAUGUUGUGGUGCCAUAAGCACGGUCACUUGUGAUUGGUUAAUUGUCAAAUGGCUGCAUUUAAACCGGUCAAACCUCUUUAUUUAUAAAUGUUUUUGAAGAUUCCCUUAAGAACUGAUUCAGAGUCAGGUGUCUGGGUUUGUUUGGGUUUUUUUUUCUUGAUUAGAACGAAACUCUGCUGAUCUCAGAUACGUGUUUACGGAUUUUACGCGAGUGUCCCCCACACUGUCCAUUCCCACACUACUUUAACUGCUGAACACUGGGAUAUAACUGAUUUAGUGUUAAAGACACUUCCUCGUUUUCUUUCUUCUUCACUUCCUGUCCUUAUCCCAUUGUGUGCGUUGAUGACAGCUGUGCUGUGUUGGAUUAAAAUGGAUUCAAAUCAUGACGAUAAGAUUAUAGUGAUAACUCAAUGUACUCCUGAAUGAACUCUUACUUUUAAGAUUUUUUUUCCAAGAAAAAAAAAGAAAAAUCAUGGAUAAAGAGAAUUUUUUUUUUUCCUUUACUUGCGUCUAAUGUAUUGCCGUAAUGCAGGAAAAAAAAACAUAGCUGUACCUAUUUAGUGCAUGAUAAAAAAUGAAGAAAAUCUGUUGUCUGAAUGGGUCCUUUCUCAUGUAGAGAUCAUUUUAGCAGGGUUUCCACAUUUACUAUCUUCUCAUGAACAUAACUUCAAUUUCACUAAUGAGCAACAACGGUAGUCAUAUCGGCUUUCUGCUUUCAUUUUAUGCAGACAUGAUUUACAAGAACCGUGAUUUUGUUUUUCGUUUACCGUAAUUUUUUACUUCGAGUUCCUCCGGCUACUGGGGGCUGGAAAAAUCAGUGUGUAUAUUUCCAUCUUGAUGUGUUUUCAUCCUAUGCAUUUCGGAGAUAUAUUUUCUCUUUAUCUCUCUCUGUUUCCGCACUAUUUAAUUUCAGUUUCCGUUUGGAUUCACAUGGUUGGAUGUGUUUUGUAAAGGGGUUUGAGAAUCUAGGGUGUUUAGGGUCGGGGCGGUAGGGAUUCACUGUACGUGUUUGUAUGUUCCCUUCAGUGACGUUUGUGUUUUUGUACAAUCCCAUGUGAAGUAAAACAAAAAAAAAAAAACCUUGCUUCCUUUUAGCCUCUAGUUUCCUUGAACACAGUCGCACCAAAGAGGCUUCUUUAUUUCUCUCAUGUCUCAUCUCUUACUUAGCCGCUGCAGUGCAGAACUGGGUGUGAUUUACACUGAAACAAGUGAAAGACAUGCAGGAUGGACGGAAAUGAGAAAACCAUAAGAAAAAAUUAUUUUAUGUCUCCUGGAUAGACAGUCCAGCCUCUUUCCUGGCUGUGUGAUAUGCUUAUUAGAGGUCGCCAGAUCGGAUCAAUGCUAGCCAGUUAUUUUCACUAGGGUAUGAAUUGCUGAACAGAACACAGAAGGAUACUGGGUAGACCUGGCAACCAAGGUAAAACAACACUGGUAUAAAUGGGGGAAACAGUGCGUUUAUAUCUACAUCAUUUAUUUCCAUGAUUUAAGGGGGCAAGUAGGUUAAUUAAUAUAAAAAGUGAUCUUGUAGCAGUGGCUAAUUGCUAAGAUUUUCAGGUUAUGGAUUAAAGUGAGCAGAUUUUUGUUUUCAGUGAUGGGUCUUUGCACUGUAAGUAAUCCUCUCGGUCUGAAACCUGUCACUCGGCUGUUCUGAUGAAUGUGACACAGACUACACUGCCCAGCUACCAUGUGUUAAAACAUCUGCACUGCUGUGAUGAGUGUCUUUAAACAAACAGAAUGUGUUCAACUGAAACACGGUGUUCUCGUAAACAUUGUGAUUUCUGGAGAUUUUUUUUUCCCGUAUCAGUUUGAGCUGGCUGCAUAAUCCUAAAAAAAAGAUGUAAAUAACUGAUAUCAUUGGUUAAAUAGAUAAAGCAAGUGUGGCUUCAGUUUUCUGACUGAGGCUUAGGAAGGCAUUAGGGAUGCAGUUGUGGAUACAGAAAGCAGGAUUCAUUUUCUUUCUGUGACUUUUCUUUCCUCUGUGUAAGUGUAUGAAACAUUUGCUUUGACUGGAAACACUAUGCUUUAUACACUGUAUUCCAUAAAUAAAGUUUUGAAUGUACAUACCAAGA